CGAAGUCCCAAGAAGAGCGAUGUGGGCCGGGCUCCGAUCGCAGCUCGUCAUGCUCACCUCCCAAUUCUUGACGAGCGCCGACGAUUAUCAGCGUUUCCGCGCCGUCUGCAAAUCGUGGCGCUCUGCCAUACCCCUCCGGCCGGAUCACCUCCCUACGCAGCUCCCUUUCCUCCUCCUCGUCUCCACGUCUGAACCAAGAUUCCGAUCGGCCUUCCGCCUCACCGGCGCCUCCACCGGAAAUGUUUGCUCGCUACCUAACACAGCCAAUAUGUCCUGCAUUGGCACCUCCUUCGGCUGGCUCAUCCUCCUCUCUAUGGAAGGCCAUUUGAUCAACCUCUUCAACCCCGUUACCGCCGAGGACAUUCGGCUCCCCUCCCUUGAUGGUCUCCCGUUUGAUCAUGUGGCGCCGGACGCCGAUGCGGCCGCGAUUGUCGUAGAGAAGGCUGUAUUAUCCUCGGAUCCCACGCUCGACCGCGAGUUUGUGGUUGUCCUCUUCAUACGCGACGUGAACAUUGGAUGGUGUACGUGGCGCCAAGGUGACGAAUCAUGGACGACAAACGCGAAUCCUGGGGUGCAACCUACGUCCCGGAUGCGCGACGUCGUUCCCUACGGCAACCGGAUGCUGUGCGCGAUAUACGGCGGCAACGACUGCUUGGCGGUCCUCCAGGUUGACCCAGGUCCGCCGGGGAGGGCGACGAUUGCCGCAUGGUACGGCAUGCCGACCUGCGUGCCGCGCACUUAUCGCCCCACCCACUUGGUUGUAUCGAACGGAGAACUGCUGCUGGUUACGUUCGAUUACAAUAGGACUGCAGACGGGGAGAUGACCCCCGGAUUCCGUGUCUUCAGGCUGGAGGCAGGCGGCAUAAACAGGCCGGCGGUGGCCAUCGAAGUGGAGGAUAUCGACAACCGUAUCUUGUUCUUGAGCCAGAGCUCGUCCGUGUCCGUCGGCGCUGAGGACUUGGGGUUCCAGGGGAAUGCCAUCUACUUCGUCUUCAAAGAAGAGAAUGAGCAGGGGGAAUAUAGGUCGCUGUGGAAUGUCGGAGUUCAGAACUUAGAAAGUGGUGAGAUCACCGAGGUUGUUGAUUCGGACGUGCCCGAUGAGAGCGGGCUAAAGUGGCCGGUACGGUCGUCGGACGUCCCCCGAUGGGUGCCGCCCAAUCUGUGCAGCUACAAUCAAUGA